ACCGUCCAAGCCCCGAGCCCACCCACAGCCCAGGACUGCACCUGGCGGUCCGCCCUUCUUCAGGACCCCCUCCCCUUUCUGAAACGGGGCUCUGCUGUUUUAUUCUGGCUUCAUUUGUCCUUUCUUCUGUGGAGAACACACUGCUCUAAAUGGAGUCGUGUUACACAAACACAGGACAGGUGUUGAUCCGAGUCCGUGCCUGUGGGGUGAACCCCGUAGAGACGUACAUCCGCUCCGGAUCUUACGCCCGGAAGCCGACCCUGCCGUACACGCCAGGUUCUGAUGUGGCCGGAGUGGUGGAGGCAGUCGGAGAGGACGUCACCGCAGUCAAGGCUGGGGAUCGUGUGUUCACCACAGCCACAGAGUCUGGAGGCUACGCAGAGUUCACUGUAGCUGCUGACGACUGCGUUCACAAGCUGCCCGAUGCUUUAGACUUCUCACAGGGAGCAGCCAUCGGCAUCCCGUACUUCACUGCCUACAGAGCUCUGGUUCACAAAGCUCGAGUCAAACCUGGAGAGACGGUCCUGGUUCACGGAGCGAGCGGUGGGGUGGGUGUGGCGGCGUGCCAGCUGGCCCACGCUCUGGGUCUGAGGGUUUUGGGGACAGCGGGGACAUCAGUGGGGAUGAAGCUGGCUCUGAGUAACGGCGCUCACCWGGUCUUUAACCACAGAGAGGAGGGCUACACCAGGCGGAUCAUGGAGGCCACAGAGGACCGAGGUGUGGACGUGAUCGUGGAGAUGCUGUCCAAUGUGAACCUCAGCAAAGACCUCCAGAUGUUGGCCUACGGAGGACGAGUGAUGGUCGUCGGCUCCAGAGGUCCCGUACAGAUCAACCCCAGGGACACCAUGACCAAAGAGAGCAGCAUCACCGGGGUGGCCCUGUUCUGUGCAACACCGGAGAAGACGAAGGAGUGCGCUGCGCUGCUCUUCGCAGGGAUGGAAGCCGGCUGGCUGCGUCCGGUCGUCGGCUCCCAGUAUCCACUGGAACUGGCUGCGCAGACCCACCAUGACAUCAUCGAGAGUUGCGGGGCUGCUGGGAAAAUUGUCCUGACCAUGUGAUGGCGUGACCCAAGUGAAGUUCAUAAAUACUUAUCAUUUUAUAUGAAAGAAGAUGAGUAAAAGAAAAGAAAACAUGAAAAUAAUUUUCAUUGUCUCACUUUGAAUGAGUUUAUUAUAAAGGUUAAAAGUUAACAGAGCGUUAUGACUUCAGUGAUGCAAUAAACUCAUCUGAAUUAAAAGAUGUGCUCAGAUAAACACC